GCUACACUUCCUUGAAACAUUUCAUUGGGGUUUCUGAAUGAAAGAAGAUGUUUUCUGGAUUCUGCUUAAUGCGAUCAGGGUUGACAGCUUCAACUGUGAGCCUUGCCAGUCGUGGAUUUCGUCACGUACUGCAGAAUCAGGUCCACUGUCCAAGAUGUCAGAAGGUGGUCCAAGGGACAAGGCAGUUCAGUGUCAUGAAACAUCUCAAACAACCUAAACCGGUGUCUGGGAUUUUGAGAUUUCUUCAGCCAGUCCGGAAGACCACGUCUUCUGCUGCAGGAAAGGUUGUGCCAGAGUUACCUCCCCAUGCCGAGAAGAUUGUGGGAGGCUGGUUGAUCGGAUGUGCGGGGAUGGUGGUGGGAGCAGUCAUCUUGGGAGGCGUCACCAGAUUGACAGAGUCGGGUCUGUCGAUGGUGGACUGGCGACUCCUCAAGGACAUGAAGCCACCAAGGUCACAGCAGGAAUGGCAGGAGGAGUUUGAGCGGUACAAGCAGUUCCCGGAGUAUAAAUAUGUCAGCAGCCAGAAAGAGGUGACGCUCAGUGACUUCAAGUUCAUCUACUACAUGGAGUAUGCCCACCGGAUGUGGGGGCGUGGCGUGGGGCUGGUGUUUGCACUUCCGGCUCUCUACUUCCUCAAGAAGGGCUGGAUCACUAAAGCCAUGAGGCCAAGGCUCGCCAUCUACGCAUCAUUCAUUGGUUUUCAAGGUUUCCUUGGCUGGUACAUGGUGAAGAGUGGUCUGGAGGAACAGAAGAAUCCUGACGGCGUCCCCCGAGUGUCCCAGUACCGCCUGGCGGCUCACCUGGGCUCCGCCCUCUUCCUCUACACGCUGUUCCUGUACGGAGGCCUGAUGCACCUCUCCAAGCCACAGAGGAUGCCCAACACGAAGCAGAUGACGCGACUGCGAGUCAUGACCCACGGAGUCCUUACCCUGGUCUUCAUCACAGCUCUGUCAGGAGCUUUUGUUGCCGGCCUCGACGCGGGUCUGACCUACAACUCCUGGCCCAAGAUGGCCGACAAGUGGAUCCCAGAUGACCUUGUAGCCUUUUCUCCCAAGUGGAAGAACAUGUUUGAAAACCCAACCACCGUCCAGUUCAACCAUCGACACCUGGCGGAGUCGACUGUGGUGGCAAUCACAGGCUUCUGGUGGAUGGCCCGCAAGGCCCCGAUAUCUCCACGGGCCCGCACAGCCCUCAACUGUCUCCUCGCAAUGGCAUUCGUCCAGGCCACCCUGGGUAUCUCCACCCUGCUGCUGUACGUCCCCACCCAUCUCGCCGCCACCCACCAGUCUGGCUCGGUCGCUCUACUCAGCUUCGCUACUUGGCUGGCCCAUGAGAUCAAGAGGAUGCCCAAAUAACUGGCGUUACCUGAACAAAAGACUGUUUGUCCUUCAAAGUUGCGUUCACAUCACAUCCCAUCCCUUGCCAUGUUGUCAUUGCAAGCUUCAUACUUAUUUAACCUUUGAAAAUGGAGCUGAUAAAUGUUGUAAAUGUAACAAUAUCUGACCCUUAAUAUGUUGUUUUUAUUAUUCAAACAGCCAUACCUUUUUGCAUCCCAAAGAACUCAAAAUAUAUAUUAUUUGCUUCAUUCUCAAUUUGUAUGCAUUUAGGAUGCAAUAAGUAAGAACCCUGUGCUACAUCAGAGAUGUAUCUGGACCUGAUCAGAGGCCAGUGUUAGGCCCCUGAUCUGAAGCAAAUCUGUAGCAAAUGUCCGUGCAAAUUUGCCAAAUGGUGUAGGCCCUCACUAGUCAUCAUAUAAGUGCAGCAGUAUCACAAGGUACAUGGGGUUUUAUGCGUCCUGUGUUUGGUUUUAUUGAACUAAAAGGGGAAGUGUACACGCAAAAAUCACUUUCUUUCUUUUUUUUCUAAACAAAACGCAAUUUUAGAAUUAGUUAGUAUCUGUGUUUGAAAAUAUAAACUCAUUUUUUUCACAGUGAAAGUAGGAAGC